AUGGGUUUUGAGGGUUGUGCGCAGCGGACAAGGGGCGUUGGAAGAAGAGCUUGCUUUUUGGCCGUGAUCCCAUUUGAUUGGGAGUUUGACGGGAAUCGUUAAAGUAAAAGUAGGGGGGGAACACUCUGCAAAAGUGUCGAAUUGCAGAGGGUGGAAGGUUUUGUAGAGCUGGACAGGCGUUUCGUUGUGAAAGCCACAUUUGAAGGGCCUGUCGUUGACCUUGCACGCCACGUUCGAGUACCAACUUUGGUACCUUGACCGCUCCCCGUCAAACUCGGGUUGCGCCUUUUCCACAUUGUCAUCAAGUGCAAGUGGUCGUUAGACAUGGAUAGAAUGAGUUACCCCCGGUCGAGAGGAGGUCGACCCGCAUGGAGCAUCUCAUUGCUGUUGGCGAACCCUCGAAUCCGCUGGUCCCUAUUGGCAGCAGUAUUCUUGUUAGUAAUGUACAUGGCUAGUACAUCCCUGAGUUCAGACCUGGAGCAGCAGCGGAGCAUGCGGUCGUCCGAGUUGGGACUUCAGGACGGACUCAACGAGGACGUGACCGUGGUGGACCCGAAGAAGCUCGACGAGCACAGAAAUGUGCCGCCGGUAGCUGUGCAAAACGUCAAAGAUGAACCUGUCACCGGAGUAACAAACAAAAUUGUACCGGAUCCAUCGGCACCGGUCGCUAAGAAUGGUGCAGAAGAGCAGGGCCUUAUAUCUCGAAACCAAACAAGACCGAAAUCGAAAAAUACUGUCGUUAAGCCCAAGCCGCAAGGGAGCGACUCGGCGAUUAACCCAAGGUUUGAUAACAUUGCGGUCGCAUUAAAGACUGGAAAAGACGUUGCACUCCAAAGAACGCCAAUUCAAAUUAUGACGUACCUUCAAGCCGUUCGCAAUCUAAUUCUUAUUGGGGACGGCGAAAUCUCCGUCGGUGAUAUGCCUAUGGUCGAUGUUAUUAGCCAACUAUUCAAGCCGCGAAAUAUAGAAACUACUGCGGAACGACUUAAGCGAGAGCAAGAAGAAAAACGGCUUCAGAAUAUUGAUAUCAAGUCUACUCCUCCGAAAGGGGAAGCCGUGACAGUGGAUGAACAGUCAGAAGGUUGGCGAUCGGAUGGUCACAAAAAUCUUCCAGGAUUCCGUGAGCUCUGGACCCAUUUUCCAGACGCUGACUGGUUUGUCAUGAUCGACGAUGACACUUAUGUCUUCUUCGACAAUCUAGCCGAUAUACUGAAAGAGUACGAUCCAAAAGAAGUAUAUUACAUAGGGGCGAAGAAUAUGUUUAUCGGGUGUGAUGGUGUUAAGAAUUGGGGGGAGGGCCCAUAUUUUGCGCAUGGAGGAAGUGGAAUCGUUCUGUCAAGAGGCGCAAUGAAAGUCAUGAUGGCCGGAUUGGACGCAUGUAUUGAGCAGUACAAAACAUGCUGGGCUGGAGAUGUACGGACCGCUCUUUGCCUACGCGACCAAGGCAUUUUGUUGACGUCCCCUGGAGGGUUCCACAAAGAUCCACCAAAUGACGAAUUCGGGUUCCCGCGGGAUCCUUGCCAGCGCCCAGCAACAUUCCAUCAUCUGCUGGUCAAGCAAAUUCAACGGUUAUACGACCUUGAGCGAAAACGGCAAGCUGAGACGGGGACUGGACGAGUCACGUUUGCGGAUAUCUACUAUGAUUGGCACAACCCCACCGAAGCGCUGGAAGCGAAUAUUGACCGCAAAGGUUCAGACUUCCUCAAUAUCAGAGUCGUCAGUGCCGAGGCAUGCAAUCGACUAUGUAGAAGGCAACCAGAGUGUCUGUCCUUUGUUUUCGACGGAACCAAGUGUUGGCUCAAGAACCAGAUUCCCCCACCUGUGGAAGGUAUUGGUUUUAUAUCGGGAAUUAUACCCGAUCGCUACCGCUGCACGGCACCGUGAUUAGAGGGGUCGUUAUAAGUAAUCACUCAUUAUAAGCCGAAUCUGCUGCAGGAGAUUAGAGUAGGGUUGUUACAGAAGCGGUGGAAAAGCAUUUGUUUAUUUAUAUACAUUUUCAACCUCAUCAUUAUCUCCAUGGUUGGCCGAUGACACCACUCUAACCUCAAUACCA